AUGAUCCUGGCUGGAUCCGGGCUGGGAGAGGGGCGCCCAUUCCUAACCACUUUCGAAAAGGUUCGCUCAUGCUGGAGGGAGAGAAAGGUUUGGAACCCUAGUUUUGGAGUUUUCGCCCGGUUAGCCACCGGAGGCAAGCGAUCGACAUGCCCCAGGUUUGAAGAAUUCGAUGACAGGCCUUCGCUGCAAAAGAUCCCGGAAUUGGUCGAUUCGGAAUCGGCUGGAUUGGAGGAAUCCGGAGCCACAAGGAUCUUCAACGGGUUCGAAAGUCUUUUGAUUCCAGGCGGCCCAAGAAGGCCCCACUUUCUAUGGCUGCUGCAUCCAAUAUUGAAUCUCCUUUUCUCUCACAUCAAAUCUCCACCGUCCAUUCUUUACGCCCACAGCAGAAUCUCACACGUCAAACCGCACUAUAUAACCGUUCUUCCUCCAUUUUGCCGCUUCAAAAUUCUUUCGUCGGAUUCAUAUUCAACCGUCAACACCACAUCUCCUCCUUCUCCGCCGCCGUCGAACUCCGAGGAAUUCUAUAUUGUGAGCACAAUGACCGAUCAGAAUCAACAUACAGCCGUUAUUAGUAAAGUAGCUAGCCGAUUACACUUCUCCCAAGAUGUUCGAACUCAUUAUAGUGUUUUUCAAACCCCUGCUGCAACUCAGAGACAAAUCACAUAUGGAAAUUGCUCAACUCCAGGGUUGCAGUCAUUGGUAGCUGCAAAUCCUUCUCCAGUUUUUGUUCAAGCUCCAUCUGAAAAAGGUAUGGCCGGAUUCGCGAUCGAUUUUCUCAUGGGUGGAGUUUCAGCAGCCGUGUCCAAAUCAGCAGCUGCUCCAAUUGAGCGUGUGAAGCUUUUGGUCCAAAACCAAGAUGAAAUGAUCAAAUCCGGUCGUCUCUCCGAACCCUACAAAGGCAUCGGAGAUUGUUUCUCAAGAACAAUCAAGGACGAAGGAGUCAUGUCGUUAUGGAGAGGAAACACCGUUAAUGUCAUCCGUUACUUCCCAACUCAAGCUCUUAACUUUGCAUUCAAGGACCAUUUCAAGAGGAUGUUCAACUUCAAGAAAGACCGCGACGGAUACUGGAAAUGGUUCGCCGGAAACCUCGCCUCCGGUGGCGCCGCCGGCGCGUCGUCUCAGAUCUUCGUUUACUCUUUGGAUUAUGCCAGAACUCGUUUAGCAAAUGAUGCUAAAGCUGCAAAGAAAGGAGGAGAGAGACAAUUCAAUGGGUUAAUUGAUGUGUACAGGAAAACCAUUGCAACCGAUGGAAUUGCAGGGUUAUAUCGUGGAUUCAACAUUUCAAUUGUUGGAAUCAUCGUGUAUCGUGGUUUGUAUUUUGGAAUGUACGACUCGUUGAAGCCCGUUCUUCUCACCGGAUCUUUGCAGGAUAGUUUUUUUGCAAGCUUUGGGCUUGGUUGGGUGAUCACAAUCGGUGCUGGUCUUGCAUCGUACCCAAUUGACACUGUUCGCAGAAGAAUGAUGAUGACAUCAGGUGAAGCGGUUAAAUACAAGAGCUCUUUGGAUGCAUUUUCUCAAAUUAUAAAGAAAGAAGGUUCAAAAUCAUUGUUCAAGGGAGCGGGAGCAAAUAUCCUGCGAGCUGUUGCUGGUGCUGGUGUUCUUGCCGGUUAUGAUAAGCUUCAGGUUAUUGUUUUCGGUAAGAAGUAUGGCUCAGGAGGGGCUUAAUUCAAGAUUAGUGUUAUGUUAUUGUUGGAUAGUGAUGAAAUUUUUUAGUGGGUUUCGAAUAAAAAAAUUUGGUUUUGGAUGGGAAUUUGAGUAGUUCCUGAAAAAAAAUAAUUAAGAGGUUAUUUUAGUAUGGUUUUGUUGUAUACCAUUGAUCAUCAUUCAAUUUUGUAUUUGUUUGUAUAAAAUGUUUAAAUUGUUAUGAAAUAUUAGUUUGUGAAUGACCAUUGGAUUCUCCAUUUCUCCCAUAACUCCCCAUCAUUAUUUAGCAUUAGUAACAACCAUUUCAAUGUGUUUUAUGAAUGUAAUAAUACACCAUCAUAAUGUGCAUUCAUAUUAUAGCUCAUCUUUCAUCUUAUUUGGAUAGUAUAAAUAGUGAGCCAUAUGUAUUAGACACUUGAUGAUUUCAUCACAAGUAUUGAAAUAAAAGUUCUCU